CGCGGUACAGGGUAAGUCUGCCAGCCUGCUGCCUGCUUCUCCAUCAUUCGCUCCUCGCCUUCAUCGCCCGCACCAUCGCUUUCUUCAUCGCUUGAUGACGCGGUCUCGCUGACGUCGGGUACGACUUGCAAGCAGUGCCAGCCGCUCAACGUCAGCUUCUUGAAUCACUCGCCACCCUCGGCCACAGGUGACCACGUGACCCUUCUCGUGUGAAGGCCGCGACAAAGCCGGGAGUGUAGAAGGUGAACGUGGUUCACGACAGUGCACGACGCAGCUGGGACCUUCGUCCGGUUGAUGACGUCAGCGGGUGAGAACUGGGGCGCUAGGGUGUCUGCGGGAGGUAACUUCAGGUGGACUUGAUGAUUUAGCCUCAGCUACUUGAGUGGACAGCGGCAACUUGCGGUCAGUGCAGAUCAAGUGCAGACCUUAACUGAUGGAAAGACGACAGCUUUCAAGCGCUCCCCAGUUUGUCAUUUGAUGCAUUGACUGCAGGGGAGUUAAGCUGACAGUGCCACAAGGGAGGUAACUGUGAGAUUACAUCCCCGUGUUACACGAGGCGGGAAGAAUUGAGAGCAGUCUCAGCUCCACCGACUCCACUCUUGCUGACUGCCGUACAGAAGCCCGUUGUCGCACCUGUACGCUUGCUUCUACACAUGACGAGCCGGACUCGUGUCCAUCUUCACGCGGCCACCUACACGCUGACCGCUGCCAUCCGCACGUGCGUCCACGUCUGCAAGCACUCCAGUAGCAACGUGUGACGAGACUUACACGAGAUUACAGACCACUUAGCCUGCUUGUCCACAAGGCCCACCAUGGCAGCUGCACUGUGAGUUGUGUGCUCUUGACGAGGUCCGGUUAUCUCCCCAAAGGUCUGCGGGCAGAGGAAGACGAGCGUCCGAGCUCUUGGCGACUUGUUCUCCGCCAUGUUUGGUGACGGUGGUUGUCGCAGUCGGUGGGUGGUUGCCCCUGUGGUGGUGGUGGCUGUAGCGGUGGUGAUCUCACUGUCGGCGACUGCUGUGACGUCACAGGAGAGCCGCGGGUUGCCAGAAGGGGCGGCAUCGCUGGCCUUCGUGUUUGACAUCACGGGGUCAAUGUACGAUGACCUCGUGCAGGUCAUCGAGGGCGCCGCCAAGAUCCUAGCCACAGCGCUCUUCCGGCGCGACAAACCGCUGUACAACUACGUGCUGGUACCCUUCCACGACCCAGAGGUGGGUCCUAGUGCUGGUGACCACUGACCACCUCAAGUUCCAGGAGGCGCUGCAAGACCUGUACGUACAGGGAGGCGGCGACUGCCCGGAAAUGAGUAUUGGCGCCAUCAAGCGGGCGCUGGAGGUGUCGUUACCCAACUCUUUCAUCUACGUCUUCACUGACGCCAGGGCCAAGGACUACUACCUGACAGAGGAGGUCCUGGCCCUCAUACAGCAGAAACAGAGCCAGGUUGUGUUUGUGUUGACGGGCGACUGCGGCAACGUCACCCACCGCGGCUACCGCGCCUACGAAGAGAUCGCAGCUACAAGCUCUGGACAGGUGUUUCUCUUGAAGAAAUCACAGGUUAACCAGGUGCUGAACUUCGUGCGAGUGGCGGUGCAGGCGCGAAAGGUGAACCUCCUGUCCAUCGACGAGGAUGUGGGCGAGACCCAGACACUCAACAUCCCCCUGGACUCCAGUCUGCAGGAGGUCACAGUGUCUGUCAGCGGCGAGAACCCCAAGAUCAUUCUGCGGGACCCAGCAGGUACUCGGCGCACCACAGAAACUGGUGUAAAGGAGCUUCUGAGCAUCAAGAACGUGCAGAUUGUGAAUGUAAAGGACCCAGAGCCAGGUACAUGGCGAGUGCGUGUCAGCAGCUCCUCCCCGCACACCAUCCGUGUAACUGGCCUCAGCACAACCGACUUCUCCUCUGGCUUCUCCAAGUACCCAACACGUGACAUUCGCCAGACCACACUCAGGCCAGUUCAGGGUAUUCCAACUCAUGUCCUUGUGAAUGCCACAAACCUGGAUCCUCCAGCCCGUUUGACAAACCUGGAGCUGGUUGAUCUGAAGGGGGACCCCAUAGCCAAGUUUCCCUUGACACAGGACCCUGAGUUGCCUGCCUUGUAUAAUGUCACUUCUUUUAUUCCGCCUGACCAGUUCUUCUACCUCAAGGUACAAGGAACAGAUAGCAAAGGCUACACCCUACAGAGAACAACACCCACGGCCAUCAGCCCCUUACUUCCUAAGCCACCACAAGUCUUCAUGCCAGAGUUCACACGUGGCUUCUACGACCAAACAGCUGUCCUUACCUGCCAGGUUCAAAGCCUUGUGCCCUUUACCGUCCAGUGGUUCCGAGAUGGAAAGCAGCAGGGAUUUGAUCUUUUCUUUAGUGACUCAGCAAAUGUGACACUACAGAUCCCACGAGCAAACACAUAUUCAGAGGGCGAGUAUAUCUGCAACGCCACUAAUGCUGCUGGUCACCUGGCCACACGCACCUAUCUUGACAUCAGUGAUCCACCGCCAGUGAUUGUGCCUCCACAGAAUGUGUCAGUGUUGCCAGGUGACACAGCUGUACUAACAUGUGUGGCUUUUAGCACAGUACACUACAACAUGACCUGGGCACGCAUGGGUUCCUAUGGCAACCUGCGCCUUGAUCCUCGCAUGCGCUGGUACAACAACGGAUCACUAGUAAUCAGAAAUGUCCAGCCUUAUGAUGAAGGCAUAUAUCAGUGUCGAGCAAGCAAUGAAGGUGGCUCCACAACUCAGUCAGUGGGUUUGCGGCUCCAAGUUCGGCCACGAGCACGAGUCUUGCCAGCGGAACAGACUUUUGUCAUUGGUGCAACUCGUAACUUCACUUGCCAGGCUGGGGGCCAUCCUAGUCCAAGGUUUCUAUGGCAAAGAAACAAACAUAUCAUUAUCCCUAGCAACCGUGUCAUUAUCUCUGGUGGUGAAAUCUCCAUCUCUAACCUGCAGCCUGAAGACCAGGGCUCCUAUCAGUGUGUGGCCAGCAAUACAGCAGGAGAAGAUUACUCUGAAGGCAUUCUUACAUACACAGAGGCGCCACGGAUACGAGAGUAUGAGCACAAAGUCCUUGUGGCUGCAGGGGGCCAGGCCACCCUCACCUGUAAAGCAGAUGGUAUCCCACCCCCUCACAUCAACUGGUUUCGCUCCGACAGACGGCUCCAGUCAGCCUACAAUGUGGAGGUGGUGGCAAGUGGUCAACUGGUGAUCAACAAGGUUCAAGACACUGAUGCCGGACGCUACAAGUGUGUGGCCAGCAAUGAUGCAGGACAGGAUGCAGCUUUCCUUGAUCUCGAUGUGGGAUCACCCCCCGUGAUAGUUGAUGCACCAGAGAAUGUUGGUGUGGACAUCGAAGGUAAUGGUAGCCUGCCCUGUUCAGCUGUGGGAAUUCCGCCAACCAAACUAAGCUGGAGACGAGGUGAUGGUCAUCCAUUGGAUACCAGUGGUCGGAUGCGACAACAGCCUUCAGGAGAUCUACGCAUUAGUGAUAUAAGGGCAACAGAUGAGGGCCUGUACACAUGUGUAGCUCAGAAUCCAUUUGGCAGUGCCGAGGCCUCAGCAUAUGUGACUGUUACUGGCAUUGUUCGGCCUCUCAUUGCCUACACCUUCCCCUUUGUAAAAGUCAUCGCUGGAGAAACAGCAGAACUAGAAUGUGUGGUGUUGUUGGGAAAGCCAGUCCCAACAUUGUCAUGGCUUCGCAAAGGGCAGCUUCUGCGGCAGUCACCAAGAGUGAGAUUGACUGACCCAGGUCACAUGGUCAUCAGUGAUGCCCGUGAGGAGGAUGAGGGCGAAUACGUCUGUCUGGCCACCAACAUUGGUGGCAAUGAGACCUACACUGUCAACUUGGAUGUCUUAGUCCCUCCCAAGUUGAAUGUGGACAGUGAACUAGACCGGCGGGGAAACUUCAGUGUGGUUCAGGGUCAAACAGUUGUCCUCCCCUGUAAGGUACAGGGAGACCCCCUUCCCUCAUUUACCUGGUUCAAAGAUGGAAGUCCAAUCUCUCUGGUGGACGUCAAUUACUUUGUGAGGCAAGAUGGUGCACUAGAAAUAUUCUCUGCUGACCCACGGGACACGGCACACUACCAGUGUGUGGCCUCCAACGUUGCUGGUGAGGUGGUGAAGGACAUGUAUCUCUCCGUGCAAGUUGGUCCUCAGAUUAUGGGUCCAGAGGAUGAGAAGCUUGAGGUGGUGGAAGGUGAAUCAGUGCUGUUGCCAUGUGAAGCCUCAGGCAUCCCUCAGCCUGUCAUCCAAUGGCGGCAGAACUUUGCUCCUUUCACUCCCAGUCCACCCUGGGUACGUGUGCAGCCAACAGGACUGUACUUCCAGCAAGCUCGGUUGUCUGACAAGGCAAUUUAUGAGUGUGUUGUCUCUAAUGUGGCUGGCAUUGCCAACAAGGUCAUCACCCUCAUCGUCUACAUUCCACCCAGCAUAGCACCAGGCCUGACAGAGGUGGUGGUGCUGAAGGGUGAACCAGUCAUCUUAGAGUGUGAGGCAGAGGGUGACCCACAGCCUCAGGUCAGCUGGCGGAAGGACGGUGCACUGGUGGACACAGUCAAUAUGGCUGACCACUACAGCCUGGUAGGGGCAGGCACUCUGGCCAUUGAUGCAUCCAAGGUAGAGGAUGCCGGAAAAUACACUUGUACAGCAACCAACCCUGCUGGCAAACAGACUCGUGAUAUUCGCCUUGUUGUACACGCACCUCCUAGUCUUCCAGAUGCCCUUAGUAACUACACUGAUAUUGUCGAGGGAAACACUGUUAUCUUGCCCUGCCCUGCCUUGGGCACACCAACACCACGCAUUGUGUGGAGCAAGAAUGGAGUGCCCCUGACUGACAGUGAGCUGGGGUUACAAGUGUUGGCUGAUGGGUCGCUAGAGAUCGACAAUGUUAAGGCUGAAGACUCAGCGCUCUACACUUGCCGUGCAGAGAACGUGGCAGGCAAUGUUUCCUAUGCAGUGGAGCUAAAGAUUUUAGUGCCUCCAAAGCUCAUUGGUCCAGAUGUCGGGCCCUCGGGUGGUCCUGAGAGCACCAAAGUCAUUGUCAAUGACACAGUGACCUUGACCUGCCCAGUGUCAGCAGGAACUGACCCGACCCCAGUUCUGACCUGGCUCAAGGACAACCAGCCAUUGAGGGAACAAGAUCUUGGAGCCCGUGUCUACCUCGCAAACAAUGGCCUCGAGCUAACCAUUACGCAGGCUCAGCUUGGCGAUGAAGCACGGUACCGCUGUGUAGCCACUAAUGUGGCAGGAAAAGUCAACAAGGACUUUCUUCUUGAAGUUCAAGUGCCACCCAAUCUAGACCAAGACUCCUCAUCACCUAGCAACCAGACAGCCAUUGAAGGUCAACCCAUUUACAUUAACUGUCCAAUCAGUGGCAAGCCUACACCUCGUAUCUUGUGGCUGAAGGAUGGUGAGCCAUUGUCUGUAGAGAGAGACCCCAACAUCAGAGUGCUUGCAGAUGGCAGACGUUUGGAGAUCAGUGCUGCCCGGAUAACAGACCGUGGCCGUUACACUUGCGUUGGGCAAAGUGUUGCUGGUGAACUGGCUAAACACCAUGACGUCACAAUCUAUGUCCCACCAUCCAUUGAAAAUCCAGGGAUGAUGGAGGAGGCAGAGGUAGUGAUGGGAAGUGACCUUCGCCUGACCUGCCCUGCGUCAGGACUGCCACUGCCACGUGUCACCUGGUUCAUGCAGGACACAGCCAUCAAACAGAACACAAGCAAGCAUGUACUGGAGAACCAGGGCUGGACACUUUUGAUCCGACAAACAACAGUGCAGGAUGCCACAAGAUACUACUGCCAGGCUGAAAAUGUUGCAGGACAGGCUGAGAAAGCUUUUAAUGUUGAUAUCUUGGUCCCACCCAAAAUUGAUGUUGAUAACUCCGCACGCAACCCUGAAGUAACUGUGAACAGCACAACUGUCCUGAACUGCCCAGUAACUGGCAACCCUCAGCCAGACGUACUGUGGUACCGCAAUGACGUUUUACUGGAUGCUACCAAUCACCCACGAUACGAAGUGGUAGCAAAUGGGAGACAGCUAAGAAUCUAUGGGACCCAAGUGAAGGACAGGGGCAACUUCCGCUGCACUGCCAGAAAUCGUGCUGGGGAAGAUUCAGUGGACUUUGACCUUGAUGUAUUUGUUCCACCCAGAAUUGAUCCAAGUAAAGUGACAUACGACAACAAGGUCAUCAUCAAUGGCACUGUCAGCAUCCACUGCCCAGCAUCAGGUGUGCCACCUCCCAUCAUUCUGUGGUACAAGGAUGGGGAGGAACUCAAUGUCAGCUACAGCGACGUGGUGUCUGUGGAGGCCAGUGGAACAGAGUUAGUCAUCCGUCAAGCUGGGGUGGAGGAUACAGGGUUGUACACUUGUUUGGCUGCCAAUCCUGCUGGCGAGGUGGCUGAGAACUUCCAGUUGAACGUGCAAGUCCCACCUACAAUUCUUGAGGAUGAUGCAGAGCUGAGGCCUCGUGUGCUGGAGAACUCCACCCUAACUCUUGCCUGUCCUGCUAUUGGCAUUCCAGACCCUGAGGUGAUGUGGUUCCACAAUGGUCAGCCUUUGUCCACUGAGACUGCCUCCCAUGCUCAGCUCAGUGACGAUGGCCGUGUUCUGGUCAUUUCCAGUGUUCUGGUUGCAGACACUGGUCUUUACGUGUGUGUGGCAACUAACGAAGCUGGAGAGGCCGAGAAGCACUUUGACCUGCAGGUGUGGGUCCCACCUGUCAUCAAUCAUAAUCAGAUUGACACAAAACCACAUGUGAUUAAAGGUCAAACGGCCACACUGGACUGCCCAGUGUAUGGCAUCCCAUUUCCAAAUAUCACCUGGCUUAAAGAUGAUCAGCCCCUUCCAACUUCUGACCCCAGGGUUAGGGUGGUUAGUGGUGGUGUGCAGCUGCAGCUGUUGAUUGUAGACGAAGGUGACACCGGCACCUACGCCUGCCAAGCCAUCAGCCCUGCAGGACAGGACCAGGCAACCUUUGACCUUCUCGUUCUUGUUCCCCCUUCUAUUGAUGAAUCAAAUGUUGUGUACAAGCCUAAAACUAUUGUGGACAGAUGGGUGGUGCUGGAGUGUCCGGUCUCAGGUGUGCCUACUCCUGAGGUGGAAUGGCUGAUCAAUGGUGAGCCAGCACAGGAGAGCACACGACUGCGUCUGCUGAAUGACAACCGGCAGCUGCAGAUUGAGCGAGCGCGCACUACUGACACUGCUUUGUACACCUGUAUUGCCACUAACCUUGCAGGCCAACUUGAACGCAACUUUGACCUUCAGGUGUUAGUUCCACCCAGUAUCGACCAUGAGUUGGUCCCAGAUGCUAUCACCGUCAGUCAGAAUGGUACCAUCACAAUUGACUGUCAUGUGUCUGGUGUGCCUCAGCCAAGCAUACUCUGGCUUAAAGAUAAGGCACCACUGCUGGACUGGCCUUACCAUGACCUGCGUGUGCUGAACAAUGACCGUACUCUAGAGAUCAGCAAUGCUCAAGUGGAUGAUGAUGCCACCUACACCUGUAUGGCCACCAACCCUGCAGGACAGGAUCAAGUGGAUGUAGCACUGCAGGUGUUUGUUCCACCUCAAAUCCUGGAAGCAGCUACUGAAAAGCUGUCUGUUGUUGCUGGCAACGCCAUCAGCAUGCAGUGCCGUGUGACCGGGAUACCCACCCCUACCCUCGUGUGGCUGCACAACAGUGCAACGCUGCUUCAGACAGAUGAUGACAACACAGUGCGCUUGCUGUCCAAUGACUCACUGCUGCAGCUGUCAGAUGUGCAGGUGGAUGAUGGCGGAGAGUACACCUGCCAUGCUGAAAAUGAGGCGGGUUUUGCAGACAAAACAUUCAUUCUGGAUGUUUGGGUACCCUCCACGAUCAAUGGCUCAGGGGAAGUGCAGGAAGUUCCUGUCAUUGUUAACCAGCAGGUAUCCCUGACAUGUCCUGCUCAAGGUUCUCCUGCACCUAAUAUCACAUGGUAUCGCAAAGGUCGCCCUGUCUCCAGAUAUGGGUCCCCAAACCUUCGUUUGCAAGAUAAUGGACGGACGUUGGUCAUACGAAGCGUCCAGCUGCCUGACUUUGGAGACUACAGCUGCCAGGCGGUCAACCCUGCAGGGCAAGACCAACUCUAUUUCCGUGUAAUGGUCAGGGUUCCACCUGAAAUUGGAGAAGGACCAGAACGUGUGGCCACAACUGUGAAUGAACAGGCCACCCUAUCAUGUGAAGCCAGUGGUCAACCAACACCAGAUGUCCAGUGGUUCAAAGAUGGGCAACCAUUCCCAUCAACUGGUUUACGCCAUCGCAUGAUGCCAUCAGGUUCCCUGGAGUUCAUGCUUGUCCGCAUAGAGGACAAUGGCCAGUACAUGUGCUCUGCCUCCAACACAGCUGGAAAUGCAUCCCGCACCAUUACUCUCAGUGUUCAAGUGCCAGCCAAGAUUGUCAGUAGUGGCAGCUCCACCGUGCAUGCCCCUCUAACUGGGAGGGUGGUGCUGCCAUGCCAGGUGGAGGGGUCUCCAGUCCCCACACUCCUGUGGCUGAAGAACCGCGCUGUAUUGAAGGAGAGUGCAAAUCAGCAGGUGUUUGAGAAUGGGUCAUUGAUGCUGUCCAACCUGCAGCUUGAGGAUGCUGGAGUCUACACUUGUAUCGCACAGAAUGAUGCUGGUGUGGAUAAUCGGGACGUUAGACUGAGGGUACAGGUUCCUCCUAGGAUAACAGCAUCCCAAAGCAAGUUCACGGUCCUACAGAACAGAACUGUAGUACUUCCAUGCCAUGCCGUGGGACGUCCGCGCCCCAGCAUUCGGUGGGAGCGCAGUGGGCAAGAGAUCUCAUCCACAGACUAUCGUGGAUCAUACGGACGUGUCCAAUACAUCACCCUGCACACUGGCGGACUUGCCAUCCCUCACGUGCGUGCAGAGGAUGAAGGCAUUUACCGCUGUAUCGCUAAGAAUGAUGCAGGCGAGAGUUUUGUGGAGAUGUCCUUAACUGUACAAGUGCCUCCAGUGAUACAGCUAGCAUCCAGUCAGAUUGUGGCUUCGGUGGGAGACCGGACUGUGUUGCCAUGUGUGACUACUGGUAACCCUCUCCCCACCAUUACAUGGAGCUUUGACCGCCGUCCAAUUGAUCCACGCAACUCCAGGUACACUGUAAUGGAGGAUGGAUCGCUGGUCAUCAACAGUGUGCAGGAAGAUGAUACGGGAAGUUAUGUGUGUUCAGCAGUGAAUGAAGUUGGCCGAGACUCUCAGAGCCAUCUCUUGCGUGUACAAGUGCCACCGCGCUUUGUACGUGAACCUCAAGACAAAGAAGUCACACUAAGCAGCCGCUUCCAGCUGGAGUGUGAGGCGCGGGGAGUUCCCACCCCUGUCAUAACUUGGACCUUGAAUGGACAGCCUCUAGCAGCACCUCCUAGUGUUAAUGGGCAGAGCACUCUAACUGUGCGUCAUGCCAUGCAGGAAGACGCAGGGCUGUAUGAAUGUGCGGCAACCAAUCCUGCCAAUGAUCAGAGGACGACUUCUGUCGCCCGCGUCAUCAUCAAAGUCCCACCUCGGGUCCUGGUGGCUCCUGGUGACCAGGCAGUCCGUAUUGCAGAGAAGGUCACUCUGGACUGUUCAGUGGCUGGGGACCCUGUACCACAGAUUCUGUGGACAAAGAAUGGCCGCCCUGUUACACUGAGUGAACGUGUUCGGCAGCUGGACAACGGAUCCCUUGUUAUAUACAAUCUUUUGACAUCAGACGCAGGCCAAUAUAAAUGCAUUGCCAUAAAUGAUGCUGGAACUUCAGAAGCACAGUCCAUAAUUACUGUCAACUCUGAGCCACAAUUUCUGAUUGAGCCCAAGAGCCAGACCGUGGAUGAAGGUCAAACUGUAACCUUUGAUUGCACAGCACAGGGCCAGCCUCCGCCAGAUAUGUACUGGUGGAAAGAGACCACAGAGCUGAAGACUCAGGGCCGCAUCACAAUCCUCCCCAACAACUCACUGAGAUUGGUGGCAACACAAGAGAGUGACUCAGGCCUGUAUCGCUGCUUUGCCAGCAAUCGCUUGGGCAAAACCUUUGUGGAGACCCUCUUAAAUGUGGUAGUGCAUGGUCGUUACUCUGACUGGGGUGCAUGGGGUGACUGCAGCGUCACCUGCGGACUGGGGGUGCACUAUCGAACAAGAGCUUGUGACAGCCCCAGACCUGCCAAUGGUGGGAGAGACUGUGUAGGGGAGAGAACUGAAUCUGCGAGCUGCCAACCUAGAUUAUGUCCUGCUGAUGGCCAGUGGGGCAACUGGCAGGCAUGGAGUGACUGCACCACCUCCUGCGGACAUGGUCAACGGCACCGACAGCGUCUCUGUGACAACCCAUCACCUCAGCCUGGAGGUCAGCCAUGUGAUGGCGAUAACUGGCAGGUGGAUCUGUGUAUGCAGCGUCAGUGUCCAAUCGAUGGCAACUGGGGAGAGUGGGCCCCUUGGGGAGCUUGCAGUCAAACUUGUGGUGUGGGACAGCAGCACCGCCAGCGCCAGUGCAAUAACCCCCGACCUCAGUUUGAUGGUGCUGAGUGCCGUGGCAGUGGAGACGAGUCCCGUCCUUGUCAGAGUCAGCAGUGCGCAGUGGAUGGUAACUGGGGCUCAUGGUUGCCAUGGUCACCAUGCAGUCUGUCAUGUGGUGGUGGUGUACGCUCCCGACAGAGACUGUGUGACUCUCCCGUUCCACAGUUUGGCGGCACCGAGUGCCUUGGUAGUGAUAGGCAGCGGGAUUAUUGUCACAACGACCCCUGCCCAGUCCAUGGUAACUGGGGAAAUUGGGGAGCCUGGGGAGAAUGUUCCCUUACUUGUGGGGGAGGUCAACGCAAGAGAUUCCGCACCUGUUCCAAUCCGCCACCUUCUAGCAGUGGUCGUCCAUGUGUGGGCUCACCUGAGGAUGCAGAUGCCUGCAGCGUACCUCCAUGUCCAGUGGAUGGCCACUGGACACCAUGGAGUGAGUGGUCAGCUUGCUCACGCACUUGUGAUGGAGGAACGAAGGAACGUUACCGUCUGUGCCAGCAAGCACAGUUUGGUGGACGACCUUGUUUUGGGGACACAACAGAGGUGGCUGCAUGUGGCGUGGAGCCUUGUCUUAGGUUACCACUGAGGGCAGAAGGCAACCUGAUUGGCUAUCUCAACAAUGUGGACAUUGUUAAUUCCACCAUCAAUGCCACCAUCACACCAGGAGACACCACUGCUGCCAUCUCAGGCUCAGUCCGCAAUGUGCCACCUGCUGCAGCUCAUCACCUCCAGCAGCUUAUCUCACUGCUCAGCCCUGUAUACUGGACGACAGCCACAGAGUUGGAUGGAGCUGCCAAUGGCUUUACCCUGACUGGCGGUGAAUUUAUGAGAGAAGUACAGGUAGAAUAUGCCACAGGUGAAAUACUCAAGAUGUCCCACUAUGCCAAUGGUGUGGAUCGUAAUGGUGUUCUCUCCUUUGACAUCAUCAUUCGUGGGGAAGUGCCUGACCUUGGCCCCAUCACCUCUGUGUAUCUGGCACCGUAUCAGGAACGGUACAUUCAGACCGGACCAGGCACCAUCUAUGGACACUCAACACGGCUGAUGCGAGCAUCAGGGGUGACUCUACCCUAUGCCUGGAACCACACCACAGUUUAUGAAGAAGGGUUGGGUCAUAUGCCAUAUCUAGUGCAAGAGCUGCAGGCACAGGAUCUGACGGUUAAUAUCCUACCAGACAAACGAACUAUCUCAUUCACACUCGAUGCUUCAAUAGCCCCAGGUAACCCUAGUAAUCAGUGUCCAGAAGGAUUUUUCCAAGACCAGGAGGCAUCUUACUGUAACGAUGAUGAUGAGUGCAGCCGCAUCUCCCCAUGCAGCCAUUAUUGUCACAAUGCACCAGGUAGUUUUUCCUGCUCUUGUCCUGCAGGCUUCACACUGGCUGCUGAUGCCAGGACUUGCAAUGAUAUCAAUGAGUGUUUGCUGGACGCCGAGUGCCUGCCAAACCAAGAGUGUAUCAAUACACCUGGCUCUUACCAAUGCACCUCUCUGUGUGGUGACGGUUUCCGCCGAUCACAGGAUAGCCAGACUUGUGAAGACAUCAACGAAUGUGUGGAGCAGCCCGACCUUUGUGAACGCAGCUGUCAGAACCUGGUGGGCAGUUUCCGCUGUUCAUGUCCCCACGGCUACAGACUGAGUGAUGGAGGGCGCUGUGUUGAUAUUAAUGAGUGUGAAAACCCUUCCAAGCCUUGUUCCCAUGACUGUGUCAACAUGCCUGGAAGUUAUCGCUGUACCUGUCCUGCUGGAUUUUCUCUUGCCAACAGUUACAUAUGUCAAGACAGAAAUGAGUGUUAUGAAGGCACACACAGAUGCAGUGUUGAAGAAGAAUGUAUCAACACAGAAGGUGCCUAUCAGUGCAUCAAGCUGUGUCCGCAGGGAUUUAUCAGGGUUGCUAGUGGGGAAUGUCAAGACAUUGAUGAGUGUGCUACCAACAUUCAUCGUUGCUUUGGCAAUCAGCGUUGUAUCAACACAGACGGUGGUUAUCAGUGCCAGUGUCCUAAAGGUUUCCAGACACGAGGACCUGGCCAGCCAUGUAUAGAUGUGAAUGAGUGCGAGCAGAACCCAUCGGUGUGUCGUUAUCGCUGUUACAACACUUGGGGCGACUUUGAAUGCCUCUGUCCCCCAGGACAACUCCGCCUUGCUGACAGGAAAUCAUGUGCUGGCCUUGAGUUUCUGGAACCAGGCCGUGUGCUGUCAGCUAGGGAUUACCAGGAAGCGCAGGCCUUAUCUGGCAGGAGGCUGCGGCAGCGCCGUGCUGUGUGGUGUAGAGAUGCCAGCGACUGUCGCCGGUCUGCUGCAGCCCAAAGUCAAGAUGUGGAUGAAUGCAGUCAGAGGACAGACAUCUGUCAACAUAACUGCACCAACACACAGGGCAGCUUCCAAUGUACCUGUCCUCCUGGCUACAGACUUGCACCUGAUGGCUACUCCUGUCAAGACAUCAAUGAGUGUUGGGAGGACAGGAUUCAAUGUGGCACAGACCAGGUUUGUUUCAAUACACGGGGGUCUUUCACCUGUAUUGAUGUGCCGUGCCCAACAAACUAUGUUCGUGACCCAACUACAAAUUACUGUGUCCUGGAGUGUGUCGAUCCCACCAUUGUGUGUCCACCUGGUUCUCCAUAUGCUGAUGUCCUGCAGUACCGCACAGUAGCACUACCUGGUGGAAUACCUGCACGCCAAGACCUCAUCCGUCUGACAGCCUAUAACCAGCAUGACCAGGUUCUACCUGAAACAACCUUCACCAUCUUGGAGAACGAUCCCAAAUUGACCUUUCAUCUUCGACCAGAGGAUGGCAAGGGUAUAGUGUACACACUGGAGCAGCUGGGGAACAGUCAGACCUACCGCAUCAUGGUGCGCGCACGCUCCUUCGACAGUGGUCGGCGAAACAUCCAGUACCAGACCACCUUCAUCAUCCACAUUGCUGUGUCAGCCUUCCCUUACUAGGCAUGUGACAGCUGGAUGGUGUGUACAUAAUGUACAGCCUGCAGUUAUCUGUUGAUGAUGUGCAGACAGCCUGCAGCCUUUGUUAAUAGACUGUGUGUAUGUGUUGUGGUGCAUUCAGACAGACCAGGUGGGACCGACUGGACACAUGCGUUGUCUUGAAAGCAUUUUAAUCCAGACUGAGAUUGGUAUGAUCACACAAGCUGUACAUAGAUUUACACUAUGAGCUGAGUAAAAUCUUUUGCACAGUGA